UACUUUUCUGUCUGACAAAGACCAGAUCCGGGAAGGACAGAGUGGGGCAGAAGGGGGGUGUGUGGUGUAGGACUAGCUUCUGAACUACUAACACACAGUAUUUGAAGCUUGUCUGGAAGCUGUUUCUCAGUAAAGGAAGCCCUCAUUUCAUCAAUACUGCACCUGCCCAACAGCCCCUAAAAGCUCAGAACCUGAAAUGGCCUUCCCAUCUGUGACCGCUCAGCCUCUUCCCUUUGGUCUGGAAAGGGAGAGACAUAUUGACAUGCUCUUCAGAGCUUUCCACAGGCAGAUUAGACCUACUUCAGACAGCCAGGACCUCACACCUGUGCUCCGGCCUACAGGCAGGAGAGGAGAGGACGAGGGACCUGGAGGGAAAGAGAUGGACAGUGAGGGUAAAAAACUGGGAAAAUUGUCUGUUCUGAGAACAGUCACAAGACUCCACAUUAAUGCCAGACCAGAACUACAAGGUCCACAGUGCGUCGCCCGAAGAACAUACAGCAUCUCCACAGAAACCAGUGAUCAGCUCUUUGUGGCUGUGGAAGAGAGCUCAUGCAUGUGUAUGCAAUGCUGUGGUCCAGCUCGAUCCUGUUCACUACAAGGCUUUGAUAAGGACGCAGAAUGUGUCUUCCUGUUUGAGAGGCCCCUGAGAGCGGAGAUGUGCUGGCUCGGCUGCUGCCUGAUGGAAAUAAGUGCUUAUACACCAGAGAGAGAGUUUAUUGGGACAGUUCACCAAAGGUGGAGUAUGUUCACACCGUAUUUCGAGGUCUGUGACUCCGAGGGCGUCUCGGCCGUGAGGAUCCAGGGUUCCUGCUGCAACACACGAUGUCUUUCUGAACAAGAGCUGCAGGUGGUUUCCACUAUUGGUGAGAGUGUUGGGCGCAUAUGGAAGAGGUGGCCUGGAUAUAAUGAGGAAUGUAACAUGGAUCAUGAGUAUUUUGGACUGGAUGUACCCGAAGGAAUGAAUUUGAACACCAAAGUGCUGUUACUAGCUGCUACCUUCCUGCUGAAUCAUAUGUUCUUUGAGAUGAGCUAAGUGGAAAUGGUAAAGUUUCUGGGACAUAAAAGACAUCUGCUUCACCUCUGAAGUGAAGUGUGAACCCAGCAAAUAUAAAACUAUGGUGACUCAUAUCAAGAUGGAGCACUGCAUUGUUUCUAUGAAAACUGCAAGAAACAUAGAACUCUCUAAAGCUCUGAACUGUACAGUGUAGUGCACAUCAAGAAUCCCUGUACAGGGCCUCUCUGCAAACUAAACACACUAAAGUAGGAUUUAAAGGUUGAGUAUUAAUUUCUACAGAACAUAUUUACCCUAUAUAGCCUAUAGUAUCAUAUUUAAUAUGCACAUUUCUAAGGCUUCUAAAUUAUCGUGAUGAAAACUUUGCUGAAAAACCUGUUGUACGCGAUCUACUGCAUGCCUUCUGUCGUCUGCUAGUUCACACUUUUUUAGCAAGUAAAAGGCCUUUUAGUGUAAUUCUAAAAUGUAUAUUUUUUUGCUCUGAAAUCUUUAUUAAUUUAAAUAAAGUAAAUAUAAGAAUAAC